CCCCCGCGCCGCAGCGACAAGAUGGCGGCGGGUGGCAGCGGCGGGCGCGCGUCGUGCCCGCCGGGGGUCGGCCCUGGUGCGGGGGGCUGCCCCGGGCCGAGCGCCAACGCGGCGGCCGGCCCCGGUAACGCCGCAGCCGCCGCCGCGCUGCCCGGGCCUCCCGCACCGUCCCCGCCAGGCCCCGGGGCGGACGCGCAGGCCGCGGGCGCCGAGCGCGAGGAGGCGGCUGGCCCGGGCGCGGGGGCCGCGUUGCUGCGCGAGCCCGUGUACAACUGGCAGGCCACCAAGCCCACCGUGCAGGAGCGCUUCGCCUUCCUCUUCAACAACGAGGUGCUGUGCGACGUGCACUUCCUGGUGGGCAAGGGGCUCAGCUCGCAGCGCAUCCCGGCGCACAGGUUUGUGCUGGCCGUGGGCAGUGCUGUCUUUGAUGCCAUGUUCAAUGGUGGAAUGGCCACCACAUCCACUGAGAUUGAGCUGCCUGACGUGGAACCUGCUGCCUUCUUGGCACUGCUCAAGUUCCUGUACUCAGACGAGGUGCAGAUUGGACCUGAGACGGUCAUGACCACGCUGUACACAGCUAAGAAGUAUGCGGUGCCCGCACUUGAGGCUCAUUGCGUGGAGUUCCUCAAGAAGAACCUGAGGGCAGACAAUGCAUUCAUGUUGCUCACACAGGCGCGGCUCUUCGAUGAGCCGCAGCUGGCCAGCCUGUGCCUAGAGAACAUCGACAAGAACACAGCUGAUGCCAUCACUGCUGAGGGCUUCACUGACAUUGACCUGGACACACUGGUAGCCGUCCUGGAGCGUGACACCCUGGGCAUCCGCGAGGUCCGGCUGUUCAAUGCAGUUGUCCGCUGGUCUGAGGCUGAGUGUCAGCGACAGCAGCUACAAGUGACACCUGAGAACAAGCGGAAGGUGCUGGGCAAGGCCCUGGGCCUCAUCCGCUUCCCACUGAUGACCAUUGAGGAGUUCGCAGCAGGCCCGGCUCAGUCAGGCAUCCUGGUGGACCGUGAAGUGGUCAGCCUCUUCCUGCACUUCACUGUCAACCCCAAGCCCCGCGUGGAGUUCAUUGAUCGGCCGCGCUGCUGCCUGCGGGGCAAGGAAUGCAGUAUCAACCGCUUCCAGCAGGUGGAGAGCCGCUGGGGCUACAGUGGCACUAGUGACCGCAUCAGGUUCUCAGUCAACAAGCGCAUCUUCGUGGUAGGCUUUGGGCUCUAUGGAUCCAUUCACGGACCCACUGACUACCAAGUGAACAUCCAGAUCAUCCACACGGACAGCAACACCGUCCUGGGCCAGAAUGAUACUGGCUUCAGCUGUGACGGCUCAGCUAGUACCUUCCGCGUCAUGUUUAAGGCCAGUGGAGGUGCUCCCAACGUCAACUACACAGCCUGUGCCACGCUCAAGGGCCCAGACUCCCACUAUGGCACCAAGGCCCUGCGCAAGGUGACCCACGAGUCACCCACAACGGGGGCGAAGACAUGCUUCACCUUUUGCUAUGCGGCUGGGAACAACAAUGGCACGUCUGUGGAGGAUGGCCAGAUUCCCGAGGUCAUCUUCUACACCUAGGUGGCCCAUAGCAUGCAUGGCCAGGCCCCGAGUUCCUCUCCACCUAGGCCAUCCCGCCAUGGCCUGUCCAUGGAGGACAGCCAGAGUCCCAAGGUCAUCUACACCUAGGCCACACACAGUAUGGCCACAGCCAGGCCCUAAGGUCUUCCCAAAGGCCACCGUGCCAGGCCUGUGCAUGAGGACAGCCAGGCCUAAGGCCACCUUCUUCACCUAGGCCAUCUCUGUUCAUGAGGACGGCCAGGCUCUGAGGUCUUCUACACCUAGGCUGUCCCCACCAUGGCCUGUCUGUGGAGGACAGCAAAGCCCCUGAAGUCAUCUUCCACACUUAAGGCCAUCCCAUGCUAUGUUCCAACUGGCCUCCCUCAGCCACAUGUCACUCCCUACACCUUUCACAGUAUCCCAGAAGAGGCUUCCUUGUCUCCAUAUAGGUCAUAAGUGUGGCUGCUUGUUCAGAGGCCCUGGGGAGGUGGCUGCUGUGUGCUGAGGCCCUGACAAGUCAGCCCCUCAGCCUCAGGAGGCAGGACUGUGCCUGGCUCUACCCUAGCCUGCCUGGGGUCCCUGGGUGUGGGUGUCCACCCUGAUCCCUGCAGCCAAGGGCCACAUGACCAACCCACUUACCCAGGACGUUGUCUCACAUCUGUUUUGCUUUAACUGCACAUUGCAAUGCAUUCAGAUUCCUACUUCUCUGCUCGGAGACCACGUGUGUGAGGAGCUCCUAGAGCCAUUGAUCUGGGUCUUGUGUUCCUCUUCUUCUUUGCUCUCUGGGGACCCUGGGAUGUGUCCUGCCAUGCACCUGAGACCCACCCUGACCCUGGGCCUGUUGGACAUCCCCAUCCAGGAUGCUGGCUUAAGCCUAGGGAGCAAGAGGGUGGAGGGCCUGUGCUGUCCUGAAGCCCCUGGUCCCAGUGGUGAGCAGUCUGUUUCUGCUCAUCCUACCAUGGGGCAGCUAAGGGCCAUCACUGGCCUCUCUAGAAGGCCCUAUCCAUUCUGCUUGGCCAGCAGCCAGCAGGGCCUCAGCCCUGCCUAUACCAGGAGGGACAGCACUGCUAUAGGUUGGGCCCCACUGACAUGCCACAAGACCCCAGCUGGCUCAGGAUAGCUGUGGGGCUUAGGGGGUACCACCCAUUGCCCCCGGUAAUACUGCAGCCCUGGCCCUGAUGGCUACCAAACACCCUGUCCAGAGGUGCCACACAGUGCACCCACCCUCCCCUGCCUCAAUAAUCCCACCCCAUUGUCUGCCCCUGUGAUUCCUCCUGGAACCCACAUCCUCCCCAAAGCUAUGGGAGGUGUGCCUCCACACCAUGUCCCCAAGUGAUUUUUUUUUAAAUAAAGGAAAGAAAAACAUCUGCCAUGAGCCACCGUGUGCUGCUUCCAACUGGCAUCAUUGGGCCCAGAGGCAGUCUCCACAUCCACCCCUGCAUUUUCCCAGCAUCAUCCCAGGGAAGAGCCAAAUAGAAAGCAAGAGUGUGUCUAGCUAAAAGGGCAAAAUUCAGGGUUUGUAACUAGGGAUACAAAGACAUGUCCAGAGACAAAGGAAACUGCAGAGGCCCAGGCAUGGGAAGUGCCACCAGGUAGUGCAUCUGCCUCCUGAGGCAGGAAGAUGAAGAGUUCAAGGCCAGGCUGGACUGCAUAGCAAGCUCCUGUUUCAAAAAAACUCACCUGCUGGGAAAAAAGAAGGAAGGAAGCAAAAAGAAGUUAGAAAAUUAACAGUAAAUUUAACUCCCCUGAAGAGAAGUAAAGAAAUAGAAACAAUAAACCAGAAAACUUCUUUUAUUUAUUUAUUUUUUUUUUUUUUUUGGCAGGGUU